CAUAUACUUCUAUCUCUAUUGAGCCAUAGGAGUAUCGGAACGUGGUUUGUUCACAGGUGCCAACAAGCCCUAGAGCGAGGGGAAAGCCUUACAUGCGGAAGCAAAGGCCAUAUUUGAGGACUUCGUACCUCGCGUACCUCAAUGGCCGGAAAAAUCGCAAAUCCAGAAUGGUGCACGUAGGCGGCACAUAUAAGUUAACAUGUGUUGUUGUCCGGUCCGCGCGAACGUUCGUGUGCCUUGUGAUGUUUGCCACUGUACAGAGGAAACAUCAUUGUAGCACGAUGGGCACCCUGACCUCGGUUUCAGUAGCUAUAUGCGCGCUGUAGCCACUCACUAGCGCAGCGGGUAUUAAAUAUCUUUAUAGCAUUAAAUUGAAUGAAUUUAUGUUUAAAGAGGUAAACAUUCACUGUUCUGCGGUCGCUAAGUGCAAGUACUGGCGGUACUGUUAUUAGAAUGCCUUUGUGGUGCAAAUUUCCGCAUCUAAUGAGUAUAUAUGUGUAAUGGCUGUUUUGAUGUAUCGUUCUUGCAGCAAAAGCUCUAAAGGUGCUCAGAUUCAAGUGUCAUGCACUUAUAUUUUUCCCUUGCCAAGCUUUUCAGUGGAAAAAAUCCUUGUAUGCUGUCACGGUGCGGCAUUGUUCGAGUCGUCGAAGCACUGAUCAGCGGGCGCCUAAAGGUCGAGGAAGUAGGAACCGAAAUCGCUGUCCACUGAUGUGCUCAAGUUGGAGCUGUCAGAAGAAACAUCAACUUAUUUGUGUACCAUCUUGAAGCAUAAUCCAAACCACAGCAUCUACGACAAUGCCAUGCUUGUCUGCUUUGGCCAGAGAUGUGGCCAACGUCAAUAUGAAACAAACUGUUGUUGUAUUGGCUGUUGCACAAAGAUGUGUUCUACUGGCGGGUGGCAAACAUUAUUUUUGGACCCCCAUGUUCCAUCUUCUGUACAAUCAUCGGUGCAGGCGAGCUCUCCAACAGCUGUGAAUGGUGAGAUACCACAUCAAGGAUACUUCCACCAUGACUGUGAGACUGAUGAACAGUCUAAUGUGAAAGCAAACAAUGAGGUUCAUGUGAAUUGGCCAUUUGAAUGCUGUUUGUGCCUUGAGCGCUUCUUGCUGAAGGAAACACUGAACAAACACCUGUGCACCCACACAGCAUCGAUGCAGGCGACCUCUCCAACAACUGUGAAGGUUGAGAUACCACAUCAAGGAUACUUCCACCGUGACUGUCGGACUGAUAAACCCUCUAAUGUGAAAACAAAGAACGAGGUUCAUGUGAAUUGCCCAUUUGAAUGCCAUUUGUGCCCUGAGAGCUUCUCGCUGAAGGAAACCCUGAACAAGCACCUGUGCACCCACACAGGUACAAGGACAUUUCAGUGUUCUUCAUGCCCUCGGAGCUUCAGGCAAAAGUUUAAUUUGGAAAGACACCUUCGCAUCCACACAGGCGAGAGGCCAUUUCAGUGCCCCUCAUGCCCUCGGAGCUUCUCACAAGGAGUUAAUUUGAAAACACACCUGAGCACCCACACAGGCGAGAAGCCGUUUCAGUGCCCCUCAUGCCCUCGGAGCUUCAGGCAACGGGGUAAUUUGAAAACACACCAGCGCAUCCACACAGGCGAGAGGCCACAUCAGUGCUCGUUAUGUCCUCGGAGGUUCUUUCAAGGACAUAAUUUGAAAAGACACCUGCGCACCCACACAGGCGAGAGGCCGUUUCAGUGCCCCUCAUGCCCUCGGAGCUUCAGGCAACGGGGUAAUUUGAAAACACACCAGCGAGUCCACACAGGCGAGAGGCCAUUGUAGACCCCUUUGGGUGCUUGGAGCUGCUCAUAAAAGUAGUCCUCAAAAAACAUCUGCACAUCCACACAGGCAAGAGGCCAUUUCCAUGCUCUGAAUGCCCUCGGAGCUUCUCACAGUGGUCCUCGAUGGUUGAUCACCUGUGCACCUACACAGGUGAGAGGCCAUUUUAGUGCCACUUGUGCCCUCAGACCUUUGUGCGUGAAAGCCACCUCAACAGGCACUUGUGCCACCAUAACUGCAAUUGACCAUUUCAGUGCUAGUUUUGCUGUAGCGGCCUCUCUGUAAUAGCGUAUUCGGCUUGGUGUUCCAGAACAUUUUGACAGUACUAAGAAAGUCUGAAGAUAGUUUUAAAACCGUGGUUCUAGUUAUCUUUGCGGUAAAGCAUAACAACUAUCUUGCGUCACUCUUUUUUAACCUUCCUGUGGAGUGCUCUGAACUGACCAAUCAAAUGUGCUGUAGGUUGGUUACAAGCUCAAGGAAUACUUGUGUAUCCUCACAUUAGAAUGACCGUACUGCUGCAUCGUCUUCUCCAAAUCCUUUUUGCAAGCCACUCAUUAAACACACUUGAACGUUGCACCAUUAUACCACCAAGAAUGCCACCAGCCAUGUGAGGUGUAUUUUACAUUUUAAAUGGAGUCUGAACAGGGAAUCUCCACAGAUGUGUGGUAUGGUGCAUGGCAUUCUGGUACAUUAGGAAGUGCAAGUGCUAUUGUAUGGUCUUAUUGAAGAACUGCUAAUUGACGUCGGAGAAUGUGCCAGCAUCAUCUAGCAGGUUGUUCUCUUAUGCUAAAAAAUGAUGAAACGCAAACCUGGACCUUCGGUGAAACAUGUUCGGAUGAUAACAUGGUACCUUAGUGAAGUAUAUAUUACGGCAGUUUUGAUGGCACUUGUGGUGGGAAUGAACAGAUUCUGAAUUGGCAAGCUGUUCCAUCUUGUUGAGACAGUAGCUGAGGCCAGCUAUAUAGAUGUUGCAGAGAUGUUUCUUGUAAUGAGCAUCGGCCUAUCACAGCGGCGAUAACCAUGUGAUUUUCUUUAUGUGAUGGCACAAAUGUGCGCACUUUGAUAUGUACAUAUUCUUUCUCAGAAGGGACGAUGCCAAUAGGAGCGUGAGUGAAGAGCUAUAGAUUGGCUGUUGUGUAGGGUUUAAUGACACAAGGUCCAGGCCUGGCCAAAGAGCAUCAAGCAAGUCACUGUGAGUCUUAACAGAGAAAUGAAAAAUUAUAGGUGCUGAAAAGCUGUUAAGAGGGAGAAGUAGUGUUCAUGUUACUAACGGGUGCUUUGAAAAAUGGCAAUGCAUAAAAAUUUCCAGACUUCUCAGAUUAAGGUGCCAUAAAUCACACAGUGACUUCGUUUCUUUUGACAAGCUCUGUGCAUGUAGUAUUGUGACUGAAUGCUGGCCUUGAACAUGCACUGUUAAAGCGCCGAUGUUUUUUAUUUCUUGUAUGUAGAUUAAGUUUCUGAUAGGUGUCUUAUGUUGUGUUUGCUGCCGCACUAUGUUCCAUGGUCAUGAUUUGUAAUAUUACUUUUUGUUAAUGGCUGUACCUCCGGUUGAUUUUCUCUGAUGCGUGUGACUGGUGCCUUCACAGUAGAUGGGCGUGUUCAGAUAAGUGCAACCGGCUAAGUCUGGUGACCACCAUAUUUAAUUUAGACCAAGAUGUAUAUUUUGCUGCAUGAGUACCAAGAAAAGCUAAACCAAACUUAGCUUUGCGAGAAAAAGAUCAUUCCUCACGAAAAAAUUACGGAAGUGCCCAGCCAGUCGGAAGCGCUUUCUGUGAGUUUUGCUGAAUCCGCAUUUGGGUUAGCUCCCAAAGAAAAAGUGUUGUGGCUAUGGCUCUAACAACAUUUAUUGAUACAGUACGGGUCAGUAUCAUUGCGUGAAACAUUCGACAAUAUUGGCCAAAGUCCAGAUUUUCUUUCCUCCCUAUUUAUAAAGAGUAUGUUUUUCAAAUUUCAUCAUUGUUUGCCAUAAAUGUUGUUAAAACUUGAGCCGAACAUAUUUCCUUACAUGGCACUAUAAACUCAGGAGAAGCCCUCAAGUUUAGGUCUGGUAUUAAAUUGGCAGUACUCUUAACAUAUUUAAAAAAGAAUGGCAUCCUUGAUUUUCUUUGAAAUUUUCCAAAUUAGGCCUUUGACUUGAAGCAAUGCAAUCUGGAAAAAAACAUGUUGCAUCAUUUUUUUUGUUUCAGAAUUAUAAAGUGAGAAAUGUGACUGAAUAAAUGGUAGCGUUGGUGUGACAUGCAGCUCACAGCAAAGCCUGCCAUGAGCCAACAGAUUUGGGGGUGCAUUGCAGACAACUCUUGGAAAUUGGUUUGUUUUUCUUGCCACUCAGGCGCCAAAAUGUAUUUUUUAAAUGAAAAUUCAAAAUGUUCACCACACAUGCCUGACUGAACUUAUCUCGAUACACCCUGAUGUCAUUUGGCGCACAAUAAGAUCCAAUCUUUUGUGUUAGAGUCAUAUUCUUGUUAUUUCUAGCUUCUAGUAUGUAUGAGAGUUUUUUGAACUUCUUUCGUUAUCACAAUGGUCUCGCCUUUUUCAUUCUCGUCUUGCAUAUAAGCUAUUUCUUGCUGUAAUUAACCAUUUAAUUGUUUACUACAGAAUCAGUUCUGUGAAUCGGUUUUCAGUUCAUUAAAUAAGUUACUGUUUUGUGAA